CAUACCAUCAUGGCUCUGUUUCCAGCGUUUGCUGAAUUAGAGAGUGACAAAGUAGAGGAUUCUUCUAAAGAAUUAAACUGGCUGAACAAUAAGAGUUUCCAGGCCGGGGAUGCCGUCUCUCUUCACAAUCGUUUUUUUGAGAAGACCAGCGAGAGGCCGAAAGAGAAGGAAUCAAGUGUUGGUAGAUAUGUGAACUCUGAGGAGGAAGAGGAGGAGGAGGAGGAGGGUAAUGUGCCACCUAAAAAGAAGAAAAAGAAGAGUGAAAAGAAGAGAAAAAAGAAGAAAAAACACAAAAAGAAGAAUGGACACUCUGACAGCAGUGGGACUGACUCCGAAACCAUUUUCCCCAGUGACCUCAAAAGGGAGCAAAAAGCAGAUAGUCCGCAGGCUGCUCCGUUAGCAAGCUGUUUCUCCUGGUUGGAUGACCUCCAGUCGCCCACGGAGCAGCUGUUCUGUGUGGACCGCAAAGCCGACCCAUCCAACUGGACGUACAAGUCCCUGUACAGAGGAGAUGUAGCCAGGUAUAGGAGGAAAGGCAGCUCGUCCUUGGGCCUGGACCCCCGCAGACAGGGAGUCAGCUGGGAGGAGUCGGCGUCGCAUAAGAAACAGAAAGGCGGGGACAGGAAGAAGGCAGCCGACAGAUACUUCUCUGCAGUCAGUCGCCAGCUGCUGAGUUCCGAGCCCCCUACUCCCACAUUACCAAGGGUUUCUGGGUGCGGCGAUGCCAUCAGCCCCACCCCCUUCCUCUCGCUUGGUGCCGACGAGGAGAACAAAGGAGGGGAGACCGGUGUCAGAGUGCCGACAUCGACAGUAAAUCCUCGUGUGUAUGACUCCUCCACGGCCCUCUGGCUGCAGGGGAAGGGACAGCAGGAGCAGACACAGCAACAGGACACUCAGACGGGGCAGAGCGCAGCACUUUUGACCGGGAGGACGGAAGAGUUUAACAGGCGGCUCAGAGAGCAGCCAGCCGACACACAGCUAUGGCUAAAAUUCAUUCGAUACCAGGACGAGCUGAGUGUGACAGUGUUUGGAGGCGAGAAGGAGCAACAGGGCGGCGACGCGGCCGAGCGGCGCAAGUCUUCCUACAGAGCGGUGCAGGAGAAGAAGCUGAGCAUCGCGGAGCGCGCAGUGGCCACCAACCACGGCUGCGUCGCUCUGCAGCUGGAGAGGCUCAGGAUCUGCCAAGAGCUCUUGGAGCCCUCACUUCUGGCUAAAGAAUGGAAGAAACUGGUGUUCCUCCACCCAAACAGUGCCCCACUGUGGAGGGAGUAUCUGCUGUUCACCCAGAGCUACUUCAGCAAUUUCACCGUGUCAAAGGUCAACGCCGCGUACGGGAAGUGUCUGAGCACGCUCAGUGCGGUGCGCGACGGCAGCAUGGUCUCUCACCCAGCCCUGCCGGGGCUUGAGGAGGAUAUUUUGGAUAUCUUCACCCAGCAGUGUCAUUACCUGCGUCAGUCUGGUCACUCAGAGAAAGCAACUUCUCUGUUUCAGGCCAUGAUCGACUUUACGUUCUACAAGCCCGACAGCGUACGGAAACUGUCCACCAAGCAGCAGGUUGAGUUCUUCGAGCCGUUCUGGGACAAGGCGGGGAGGAGCGAGUCCGGAGAGAUGGGGGCCAGAGGCUGGAAAGCCUGGAUGCUCCAACAAGAGCGAGGAGGGUGGCUGCAGCCCAGUGGCAGAGGAGAAGAGGAGGAGGAAGAGGACGAGGAGGAGGUGAAGGAUCGGAGCCAGCCCAGAUGGACAGUCUGGUUGGACGUGGAGCCGUCUCGAGAAGCAGCUCACUGGCUUCCCUGGAGGCCCGACAAAGGCAGGGGACAGUCAGAAGUAGACUGUGAGGACCCGGACAGACAGGUGUUGUUUGAUGACAUCGGCCCAUCCCUAAUUUGUCUGUCUUCGCCAGAGCUCCAGCUCCGUCUUCUUCUCCGUUUCGUCUCCUUCCUGGGGCUGCCCGUAGACUCUGUGCUCUCUGGCCCCUGUCAGCCUGGCCUGCUGCUGGAGAACCUUUCUCUGCUCACUCAGGGUAAUGAUCUCAAGUGUCCUCUGACCUCCCACGACCUACGACCCGGGGUUAACUCUGUGGGUCACACGACCACUCUCCAGGGAACAAGGAAGUGGCCGGGGCUUGGGAAGCUGGGCGAGAGGUUUGUCGCCAAUAUCUUCAGUGUGGUACAACCUGUCAUUCCUGCCCACCACCGAGCCGCACUGUCACUCAGCUGGAUGCAGUACGAGAAACUCAAGGUCUUGCGCUGCCUGCGUGGCCAAAACAAGAAGCGCCUGCGCUCUCAGGGCAAGAGCAAGCGGGUUGCCAAGCAACUGCUCAAAGAACCCGAUAACCGCUCGUCGUUGGCGCUGUGGCAGGAGUACGCCCACCUGGAGUGGAUGCUGGGCAACCUCGAAGAGGCUCGCAAAGUCUUCACGGCCAGUGCGAUGGGGGGAACAACGGGGCUGAAGAGCCCCGCCCUCUGCGAGCUGUGUCUGCUGUGGGCCCAACUGGAGGUGGAGGACGGCUCGAGUGUGCGGGGCGAAGGGCUUCCGGAUGUCGCCGUGUCCCCAGCUGUUUGUGUGCUCACCCGGCUAGCAGAAGGAACCUCCUCAUCCUCCCAGUCCCUCUCGCCGGUUUCCAUCCUGAAAGCCAGGAAGUCGUACGAGCAGGCUCUGGCUGCCGUCUUGUCAGCCCUGGACCAAAGCAUCCACAACCCUCAGGCCAACAGAAAAGCGCACGAGGACCUGCUGGGAGACAAGCUGAGGCCGAGGGGCUUGAUAAGCUGCUACGCUCUCUUUCAGUACCUCACAAUGGGCGUCCAAGCAGCGAACGCCGUCUACAGCCAGGCGAGAGAGAGGAUGGAGGUGCUGCACCACACGCUAACGCAGCGCAACAGUGAGAUGGAGGAGGCCAGCCUUGCUGGCACUGAUACUGGCACUGAUGCUGGCCAGUCUGCAGAGGACUCCAGCCACACCAGAAGGCACUGUGUUCACAGGCUGGCCUCCGACUGUGAGACAUUAGCAGUGCAGCACGCAGCGUUGCUUAGGUACCACAACACCGUCGGUGUGUUUCCACUUGCAACACUGAGACAAGCGCUGACCUCUGCCCUCGCCACAUGGUCCAGCAGCGCCCCUCUCUGGAGCAUAUAUAUACAGAACCGUUACCAUAGUGCCGGCCGGGCACGUAGGUUUUUUCACUCUGUAACCAGGGACAACAGCAGUGUGGUGCCGCGCCUCUUUGCCAUUGUUGCCGAACAACAAAGGAAGCAGCUGGUAGAUGCUGCUCAGAGGUCUUGUUGCCAUGAUGCUGCCUUGCCCAUCCUGCCCGAGACUGGACUAAGCAACCGUAUCCGUGGACUGUUUUGAAAGCGCCAUAGAAACCGGAUGGGUGCUCACUGCCCUUUACUUUGGAGGAUGUACAUCCACUUCCUGGUGUCGGAAGGGAAGGUGGAUAAAGCCAGAGGGAUCUUCUACAAGGCCUUACAGAACAUUCCCUGGGCUAAGGGUCUGUACAUGGACGCAGUGCAGCUGUUCCCUGAGCAUCUGCAGGAGUUUGUAGAUCUGAUGACGGAAAAAGAACUCCGACUCCGACUGCCUCUUGAAGAAUUGGAUAUACUACUGGAGGAAUGAACAUACACACACACAGAUACAUCUACAUCUCAUUCAAGAACAUGAGUUUGCUUUACUGGCAGCAUGCCAAUGUCAGCACACUUAAUGGCAAGAAAAGGAGACGCACACACUCGGAUGCGUACACACACACAUUUAAAGAAUGAUCAUCCUUUGUACAUGUGUUUUAGUACCAGAUACUGUUAAUAAAUAUAUUAUUCUAA